AUGGCCAGUCCUCCCCGGGAGAAUCAAACAGUCAUUGUGGAAUUUGUGCUUCUGGGAUUUUCUACCAUUUGGCAGCUGAAUAUUGCCCUUUUCACCACCUUUUUAGCUUCGUACAUCUUCACAGUCACUGGGAACGGCCUCAUCGUUCUCCUCGUUGUGCUCGACCACCACCUUCACAUCCCCAUGUAUUUUUUCCUGGUCAACCUUUCCUUCCUGGAGAUCGGCUACACCUCUAACAUCAUCCCAAGAAUGCUGGCAAGUAUAUUAGCCGGGCAGAAAACCAUGUCGAUGGCCAGCUGCCUCACACAAUUCUAUCUCUUCGGAUCCCUGGCGGCCACAGAAUGUCUUUUGUUGGCUGCGAUGUCCUACGACCGCUAUUUAGCCAUCUGCCAGCCUCUUCGCUACACUGUUCUCAUGAAGGGCCAGGUCUGCGUUGGCCUGGCCGCCAGCUCCUGGCUGGCCUGCUUCCUUCUCACAGCACCGACCAUCGUCCUCCUGUCCAGGCUGACCUUCUGCGGGCCCAAUGAAAUCGAUCAUUUCUUCUGUGAUUUUACUCCUCUCGUCCGACUCUCCUGCACAGACACCUCACUGAUGGAGACCAUCGCCUUUGCUACCUCUUCUGCUGUGACUCUGGUCCCCUUUCUCCUCAUCACAGCUUCCUAUGCCUGCAUCCUCACCACCAUCCUGAGGAUCCCCUCCGGGGCUGGCCGCCGCAAGGCCUUCUCUACCUGCUCCUCACACUUCACCGUGGUCACCAUGUUCUAUGGGACACUGAUUGCCACCUACCUCGCGCCCUCGGCUCAUUCAUCCCGCUUUCUGCGCAAAGUGUUUGCUCUGCUCUACACCAUCCUGACCCCCAUGUUCAAUCCCAUCAUCUAUAGCUUAAGGAAUAGAGACAUCCAUGAGGCCCUCAAGAGAUAUUUGAGCAGAAAGACAGUUCUUUUCCAGUGA